AUGAGAGCCGAGGCAUGGAGCAGGUACCGAUUGCAACGGGGCUACGGUAGUGGUCCAGCAUGAGUUUCAAGGAACUGGGACGAGAGUGCGAAGAGCUGCGAGGAGAAUUGAGGAGACAGCGCCAGAAGGAACGUGAACUCGAAGAGGCCAAAUGCGAGAAAAUGCGGAAAGAAAUCUCCCAGUUGCGACGUUCCAUCACCGAAUGUCGGAAUAACAUCAAACGACUGGAGGCCUCGUCAUCCUCAGAGGAAGCCGAGAGUACCCUGAACAUCGAGUCGCAACGUCAACAAACACCGACUCAAAGCCAAAGCGACCGUGAGACCACUCGGCGGACACACAUCGAAGCAACCUCGAACUCGACAGGACCUGACAGAGCAAUAUUACCUGAGGCUCGAUGGGAGUAUCCAGAUCCAGAGUAUCCUAAACCAAAGAGCGUGACAAAAUCAAGCAUUCCGAAGCCAACGAGGACAACAAGAACAUCGAAACCCAGUCCCAAAGACAGCAGCGACAAGGAGAACGGCGAGCCAGUAGCCGAGAAACCAGCAAGCAAGCUCCGCAUGAAGCCACUGGUAAGGCUGAAACGUCUCGAGAAAAUGCCACAAGAUCGGAACAACAACCAAGCCGACGACAAGGAAAAGCGGAAAAGCCAUCACCGUGACAAGGCAGCCAUCCUGCGGGAGAAACUGGAAACGCUACGAAAAAGGAAAAUAAGAGACGAACGAGCGGCUCGCCUUCGAAAAGAAAAGGAAGAGUACAAGAGAGAGUUGAAGCGACACGCGAAUCAGCGAUAUCGCAAGAAAGUUGCCGAAAAACUAAAAGCCGCUACCAGAAGACUCUCUCGAACGAUCGCCGACUCGCCUGAAUCGAGUGCCCCCGAAUCUCCGGACCGAUGGCCCGGAAACACGGAGGCAGGUGGGAGUGUGCAACGGCCCACGGUUGCAGGCGAGAGGGAGCCGACGGCCGACCGACGCGCCAAGGACAGCUGAGAGCCGGAAUCGAGGGUCGCCGAAACACACCGACGGCCUAGGAUAGUGGAAGACCGACCGGCGCCAACCAGACCUCGAGAGGAAAGCCGAGGACCAACCGGACCGUGUGAGAAGAGGCUCAACAGCCCGAUGGUCAUCGAUCUGACCGAGGAACUGAAGGAGGAGUAUCCACCGACGACAGGCACCAGUGUCAAGGAGGAACCGAGGGAAAUAGGAUUCUGACGCCGGAAGAGAGCGGACAUGCGCGUACCCGCUCCCGUGAGAUAAGAUUUUGUAACUGCGCGACGUGACCAAGAGCGAGGCGAAGCUGCGGCGGCUGUAAGGAAGACGAAUAAAAGGCUUUCAGUUAAAA